AUGAUAUUUCUUUCAGUCGUCACAGCCAAAGCUUUUGUAUCAGUCCUGUAUUGUCUUGCCGAGCUGAGCAGGAAAUUGAACGGCGGAGACUGGAGCAGAGGAGGUGAGAAGGAGCAGAGUGGUGACGUGAAUGGACUCAGGAUUUUCCGGGACACGGUACACGGAAAUGAACUCGCCUGGUGUGACCCGCGACGCUUCGAACAGAGGAAAAUGCAAACGAGGAAAGAGAGAGAAGAGCUGCCAGGGCAAAGUGUGGAGCAGCUGACUCCAAAUGAGGAAUCUGAUCAAUACAAUGUGUUUCUUGAAUGGAGAAAGUCCUCAUAA